AUGGAUAAGGGCUUGAAGAAGUUAUGGACGCGCAGGAAGACCAAGGCAAAGGGCAGCAGGAAGGACUCGGGAGUGAGCAGUUUGAGAAAGAGUCAGAGCACGGAGCAGACACACUACUCGAGCAAUACCAGUUCACCGUCCAUCCACAUCCGAAACAUAUCGACAGACCACGCAAAGUCUCCAUUGAGCCCGGCUGUCAGUUCCAGGCUCCAACCUGCGCCGGGUGCCGGUGCCGUUUCAAGGCCAUCAACCUCCUGGUCAGGGCCACCCACGGAUGGGAGCGGUAGCCUGUUGAACGCUGUCAAUCGAGCAGCAGAUGCCGUCGCGAAACCUGAACGAGACUACCGAUAUCCCGCAGAGCGAAACCCUCGAGACUAUGCCCGGCCCAAAACUCCACGCUAUGUCGACAUUUUCUCCCUUUCCAGCUCGAAUAGCCCCAAUCCCAGACCUGGUUACAAUGAGGAUGUGGCUGAAAGGAAUUUGGACUUGGCCCGGGUCGCGCUUGAAGGCACUCACUAUCAUUAUGUGCCUUCUUCGAAGUAUCAAGAGGAAGUUGCCACGAGAAAUGCACACCCCAGUCUGCCUGGGAGUCCUGCCACCUCCACCUCAGUGCGUCGUCAAGUAGCAAGCGCUGCAAGCAACUAUCCGCGAUCGCCCCAAAGAUUCGAGGGACAUUCCUUCUCCAGGCAGAGUAACCACACUCAUAAUUCGACAGGACUGCACUCCCGACACGACAGUGAUGGGUCUGAGGGAUCUCACCAACGAGCCCGUGACGUCCAGGCCCUCAAAGAGAGCGUCUCAAGGUUGCCACACGCGCAAAUACCAACAGCACCUGUAGACAGCACCCAAGGUCACAAGUCGGUUUCUACUUCGCCCGAAGUCGCAGCAGGAUAUCCUGGAAAACCGCCACGAGAAUCCGAUCUCCACGAAGAGCCGGCCAAUGCCCUGAGCGGCUAUCAGCUGUCAGUGCCAGAAGUGACGCAACUGAGUUCCGUAGACGAGUCGUCCUUUUCUCGAAGCCACGAGAACUCCAUGCGCCCUCCAUCAAACCCAAGCAAUCGAGCCAUUAAUUUACCUUAUCGCACAAUCCUGGAUUUGACUGCCGACACCCCCGAUGCCGUUGCUGAAGGUUCUCCUCCCUCGAAUUAUAGCUCAACUCCAGUCCUAGAACAUGCAAGGAUUGACACGAUGCGCAGGGUCUACGGACCUGUCAUCCCCAGCUCAUUCACGGAGACGACGCAGACCCAAUCAGAUUCUGUCCAGCCAGCCACCUCGCCACCAGCAAAUGCAGAAUCACCCGCUUCUGCAGAGGUUGCACAACCACGUGCUCCAUCACCAGCACCUGUUUCAGCGCAGCCAAGUCCACGGAAAUCACCAGCCGAGAUGCAUUUCGCAAGUAGCUUCACUCCCGUCAUCACCAUUGCCUCUGCGUCGCCUCGGGCAAGUUUAGUAAUGGCGGAGCCAGCAGAGGCCGAUAUUGUGAAGGACACCAGCAUCGAACCGGGGACCGGCGUGUCUCAGAAGCAGGAGGAACUCAGAUUCGCGCCUGAUUCUUUCCCAUCACGUCAUGAUGGGCUCUCGGAUGUGCAGAGUCGCGUCGCGGAGACAGCGAUGCCGUCUUCGAAGGGGACCCUUUCCACGACUAGCACCGAGGUGAGGUCCAAAGAAGGGGAAGAGACGAUGGACCAGAAGGAGGAUCUGACACGAAAUCCGGACCCGACGCCAGUGGUCGGGCCAUACUUACACCUAUCUUCGAACAAUCCGGAGCUACCUGUGACCACAAGUAACGCAUCAGGGGUGAACGCGAGGGACUUUGCUAAUGCUGCCACCAAACCAGCACUGACCAGUGUCCCUGAGGAUCCAGAAGUGGACGACAAUGGAGACACCUCGUCUCCGCCACCUAAGUCGAAACCCCUCGCAAAAACAUAUUCCUCUCGAGACGGCGAUGCAAACGGUUACGCUUAUGGGUCCCCACUGUCUCAGUCGACGUUCGACGAAUCGGAGUUUGCCCAGAAGCAAGCUGAAGCUCGUGAAGCCUUGAUCCGCCUUCAGCUCAGCUUGAAUGAGAAUUUUCUUACCAAGCCUUCUUCGACAUCUGUCGCGCGUUCAACGAAAUCAAACCCUCGGAAGCACACAUAUUCCUUCAGCGACGGAAAGCCUGCCGCACCAUCAUCCCUCUUCUCGCAGUUUAGAGAGAGGUCGCCUACUCCGGUAGACAGGCAAGCCGAGCCCGACCAUUCAGGCGGCUCAGAACGUGCUGAGACAUCUUAUCAUCAUUUAACCACUGUGUCGCGCGAGAAUAAUAAUGUAGAACUACGGGAGGAGACCGCGAUGCGUUCUAUGAGCAAGACAGGGAAGAAGCGUGAAAAGUUUAGACAUGGACCGGAGCUGGACCUCAAUGGGCCGGGACCAUCUAUUGUCAACGAUGCGCCGAAGCAGCCUCUACCUUUACCGCCUCCACUGCAUCUCACGGAUCAAUCAUUGCACCCGCGUUUCCACCAACCGCAGCCUGUGGUGCCACCAAGCCCAGGGGAGGUCUCUCUGUCUAAUUUUCCACUACCUGUUUCCUCGCCUAGGCAGUCCGUGCAAAGGCCAUCCACGACCAGCCCAACUGACAAGGAGCGAGCUACACCACGGCCUCCUUCACGGAAUGCUCCUCAACCUCCACUUCCCAACAGCACCACCGGGAUGAAAGAACGGAUACUGCGUCGACAAUCCAGUAUCAAAAGCCAGUCGAGCAGUACCUCGCAAUUCAGCAUCCCGUAUCACAUGAUCCCGGAUCGCUCGAGUAGCGUUCGCGAUCGAUCCGUGAUGGAGGACGACAACGAGUGA